GUAACGGUUAGCUCUUCUUCUCUCUCUCUCUCUCUGCCCAAUAUGUAAGUAAAUAUAAGGAAAAAAAGCCCAAGUUUUACAAGUGGCAUUGAAAAAUCUUCAGCUACUCUUGGUCAGUAAAACAUAACCACCAGUUCAGAAUUCGUGACAAAUCCAUCUCUCUCCCUCGGAGAUGGCGUCUCCACCCUCGGAUCAACUUCUACUUCGUACAGCAGCAACGACGACGUCGACGGCAACAGGCACGGCUAAGCCCCAAUUUCGCAACAAAUCCUCCUCCACUCUUACCGACGGCAUUAUUUUCAUUGGAGGAGCCAUGGCGGCUAUGCUACUCGUUUGGGUUCUAUGGUCUUUCGUAGACCAUCCCGGCCCUAAUAACUUUUCUACGUCAGUUGCCGACCCAAAGACCACCACAACCACGGCCUCGGAGGUCUUCACCGCGAAGUAUGACUGCAGUAUUAACCUACGCCACGACCCACCAUCUCCCACCUUUUACGACGACCCCAACCUCAUCUACUCCGUAGGCGGAGGGGAACCCAUGAAAAACUGGGACGAGAAACGGCGAGAAUGGCUGAAGCAACACCCGUCGUUCGCUGCCGGAGUGGAGGAUCGAAUCCUGCUAGUGACGGGGUCGCAGCCGUCGCCUUGCCGUAACCCGAUAGGCGACCACCUGCUGCUGAGGUUCUUCAAGAACAAAGUGGACUACUGCAGGAUCCACGGGUACGACAUCUUCUACAACAACGCGCUGCUCCACCUGGAGAUGAGCUCCUACUGGGCGAAGAUACCGGUGGUGAAGGCGGCGAUGUUGGCUCAUCCGGAGGCGGAAUGGAUAUGGUGGGUGGACUCGGACGCUGCGUUCACGGACAUGGAGUUCAAGCUUCCACUGGACAGGUAUAGGGAGCACAACCUGGUGGUUCACGGGUGGGCCAACCUGAUAUACGAAACCAAGGAGCCGAGCUGGGUGGGCUUGAACGCCGGAGUGUUCUUGAUUCGGAACUGCCAGUGGUCCAUGGACCUAAUGGAGGAAUGGGCCUCCAUGGGUCCACAGACGCCGGCGUACAAGGAGUGGGGCCAGAAGCUGAGAUCCACCUUCAAGGACAAGCUGUUCCCGGAGUCGGACGAUCAGUCGGGUCUGCUGUACCUGAUGCUGAAAGGGAAGCAGCGUUGGGCGGAGCGGAUCUACCUAGAGAACCAGUACUACUUCGAGGGUUAUUGGGUGGAGAUCAUGGGGACACUGGAGCGUAUCGGAGAGCGAUACGAGGAGAUGGAAAGGAGGAUGAGACUGUUGAGGAGACGACACGCGGAGAAGGUGAGCGAGCACUACGGGGAAGCGUGGGAGUCGUACCUAGAGCUGGAGCGGGAGCGGGACGGGAACGGCGGCAAGGGUAGCUGGAGACGACCCUUCAUCACGCACUUCACCGGGUGUCAGCCCUGCAGUGGUGAUCACAACCAGAUGUACGCAGGGGAGAGCUGCUGGCAGGGGAUGGAGAAGGCCCUCAACUUCGCCGACAAUCAGGUGCUUCGCAGCUUUGGUUUCGUGCAUACUCACCUACUGAAUUCCUCCUCCGUGUCGCCUCUGUCGUUUUGAUUUGAUUUGAUUGGAUUAGAGAGGAAGAAGAUAAACAUGAGCG